AGGGCCGAGAAUAAAUGAAAGGAGCGACCUCCCUAUCAGCGAUCCGUGUCCAGGCUCGCCGCCCUCACUUUAUUCGUCUUGUAAACCCUGUGCAGGUCCCUCGUUGAUCUCCCCAUCCCACUUCGCCCCGAACUGUUUACGUCACCGAUUUCCCCCAAAGCCCAGACAGCCAGCCGAUCGCCUUAUCUCGGCCGUUUGCGUAUCAAGCUUCGAAAUCCGAUCCGCGCCGCCCAACCCCAUUCUUACCGAUUCCCUUCGAUCGACGACGACUGCGAAUACGGGUGAUACGUUGAGGGGCAUCGUAUCGCCGCCAUGGGUAAUUCAAGCACAAAAGAAUCGCGCGCCGGCGAUGGGAGUAGUCGCAUCCAUCAUGGCGACCCCGGUAGUGCUUCCCUGCAGUCCGAGAGAGCAUCGAAUCGGAGGAACCGAGUCAGUCGCGGAGAUCUGGGAGGAAUCCUGGGGCUAGGAUCUGGAGGUUCUCAAGCGGAACCGCCAUACGAACGCCGUGAGACCAAACAAGAACGGGAGGCACGGCGACUGGAGAGGGAGCGUGUUGCGAGGAUUGCAGAGAGGGAGCGCAGCAUGAAGGAAGAGCACGUUGAUGGGGGAUACCUGGUCACCAUGGGAACAUAUACAAGCCCCGAGGACUUCAACAAGGCGAUUGUCCGACAACUUCAAAUUGAACGGAAGGUUGCCCCUUUCUGGCGAGGGUUGAACGACUUUAACGACCAGUGGACUGAGCCACAAAUCAUCGCUGCCGCACGGGGCCUGCCCAUUCCACCCGCCGACCAGAUCCCUCCCGAAGAGCUCAUUCCGCGGCCUCUCCCAACGAACCCCGGCGCAGGGGGGUCUCCAAACCUAGAUAGCCUGACAGUACCGAUUAGUGGUCGCUCACCGUCGACCGCCUCAGAACACGCCACCUCUAAUCCUUCCUCCGCGCUGUCGUCGCCUGUUUCAGCUCAAGCCCCACGAGCGAACUCUCCUUUCAAACCCCGCGGGAAAGCUAUCGCCGCCGUCUUGGGCGGGGGAGGAUCGCGAAAUGGUUCCACUACCGAGCUCAUGCCUCGCGAAAUCAAUCUACCACAUGACCCUUUCGUCAACGGACAGCCCAUCGAGGUCUUUCUGUACAAGGACGCCACCGAGUGCCCCAUAUGUUUCUUGACCUAUCCGCCGUACUUGAACCACACGCGGUGCUGCGAUCAGCCGAUAUGCAGCGAGUGUUUUGUGCAGAUCAAGCGGCCAGACCCCCACUUCCCAGAGGGCCACAACGAGAACGACCCGAAUCACAAUCCGGAGGAAACCGCAGGACUCUUAGUAUCAGAGCCCGCGUGUUGCCCAUACUGCACGCAACCCGACUUCGGCGUCACCUACGAGCCGCCACCCUUCCGACGGGGCUUAUCGUACAGCAUAUCUUUGAUUGCUCUAGGUGCCUCGAACGCUGCCAUGUCCUCGAGCAGUUCAAUAAACUCAGCUACUCUCUCCCCAACCAACGCGUCCCCUGGCAAUGGCACCGGCCGCCGGCGCAACCAGUCUGUCUCCGCCAGCAGCCCAAGCGUCAUCCUAACGGAUCGGAUCCGGCCCGAGUGGGCGACAAAGUUGCAGGCAGCACGGGCUCAUCUAGCCAGGAGAGCCGCCGCUGCGACAGCGCUACACACUGCGGCAUUUCUUGUGAGUGGCUCCGAGAACCGGGCAUUUCGCAGUCGGUUCGGGCGGAGAAACAAUGGUGGGUCGGCAUCUGCACUCCCUUCCCCCAGCGGAGUCAACCACGGGGAAGGUGAGAACGGGGAUAGCGGGUCCGGAACGCCUUCCCAAAGUGGCCCCGAUCAGAAUCCCAGAGGAGAGUUAGGGCGCGGCCGGUCUGGAGGUGGUGGUGGUAACCACCGAGAUCGCCUCGAGGAUCUCGAAGAGAUGAUGCUCGCGGAGGCCGUUCGCUUAUCACUCGCCGCUGAGGAGGAGCGCAAACGCAAGGUUUCCAAAGAGGAGCGGAAAGAGGCGAAAAAGCGCGAAAAGGAGGACCGGAAAGCGGCCAAGGCGGCUGCGAAGCAAACUGGGCCUUAUGAGGGCGCCAGCGGCCGUAGCGGCCAGAGCUCAGCAAGCGGGAGUACUCUCAGUCUCCCUGGCCUGGGCUUUGGGAGGAAACGGGGCAAUAGUGCUGCCAGCAAUCUCCGAAUCGAGGCCAGUGUUGCCAGCGCCAUAGCGACAACCGAGUCUCCGGAAGCGAACCCCAAGGAGAAAGGGAAGGGUGUUGACCGUGGGGUUUCUGCGCAUGCGGAAAGCGCCCCUGUCGCCGCUACCGAUCCGGCUGUGCCGGGAGGCUCGACCGAUGCAUCAAGCCCGCGCCCAGUUCCUCAUCUCCCUGCCGGCCCGUCUCACCUCCGGCAGAUGAGCAAUGCCUCAUCGGUAUCGUCAUCAGUUCUUGACAGUCAACACGGCAGCUAUACAUCCCCCACCCACCUCCAGAAUCCUCGCAACAGUGGCCUCAGCCUAGGGAGCCGAUCUGGCACUAGCGAAGAUGGUGGUGAUCCGGACCGCGACCGAGAUCCCAGCGCUAGCACAGAGCCCAUGUUCAACUUCCGAAGCUUGGCAGAGGUAGUCGGCGUCAGCCUGGACGGGGAGAACGCAGGCAGGCGUCUCAGUCUGAUCGAGGCCGAGCGGAGGGCCAGGGAGGCCGGGGAGGCUGGGUCACAGAACACUGCCGGCUCUGGCGAGGUAGAGAUCACCGAAACCGAUAUGGCUAGUGACCACGCCAACGUAAAACCACAAGAUGAGACCUCGGGUGGUCUGUCAGUAGACACCGUGAUGGAGAACAAGGACAAUGGGGCCCCAGAUGCACAAAAUGGGGGCGACCAGGAAGGCACGCAUGGCGCAUCGGACUCGUUGUCGCCACCAACAGUCACCAUUACACCCGAGACACCCGCUACUCCCGGCGCCGACGAUGAGUUGAAGCAUCCUGCCGGCGAAGCUGCCGUGGAGCGUGUGCAUUAGUCGACGCAGUAGCGGCGCUGUUAUCUGAUUCGAUCCUUUCGUUCUCGUCACGGGGGGGAAAGCCGCCGGUGACGACGGUUCGGGAGGAUUCGAUCCUCCC